AUGACAAAAUGCUAUUUAAACUUAUUUCAUUCAAUUGAACACAAUGCAUUAACUAUUCUUUUAGCAAAUCGCUAUGCACUUUAUGCCAGUCAAUCAGGACAACCGUUACAACAGGAAUUAUCUUGGCAACCAUUGCAACCUACGAAAUUUAUUCAACAAAGUCAACCUUUACAGCCGUCACAAUCCGGACAACUUAGUCAGCAAAGCCAACUUUCACCAGCAGCACAGCCGAGUCAAGCUAACCCGCAAAUUCUGUCUUGGCAGCUUCAGCAACCUGGACCAGUUAAUAUACAAAUUCAGCCUUUACCAUCAUCACCAUUCCAACAAGUUAAUCAACAAAGCCAGCCUUCACUACAGUCACGACCCGAGCGAGUUAAUCUUCAAGGACAACCUUUACAGCCACCACAAUCCGGACAACUUAGCCAACAAAGUCAACCUUCACCAGCAACACUGCCGGGUCAAGCUAAUCCGCAAGUUCCAUCUUGGCAGCUUCAGCAAUCCGGACCAGUUAAUGCACAAAGCCAACCUUUACCAUCAUCAUCAUCCCAACAAGUUAAUCAACAAAGCCAACCUUCGUUACAGCCACAACCCGAGCGAGUUAAUCUGCAAAACCAACCUUUGCCAACACCACAACUGUGGCAAGCUAAUCUGCCAGGUCAAUCUUGGCCGCUGUCGCAAUCAGGGCCAGCUUAUUCACAAGGCCCACACUCGGCGUCAUCACCAUCAGAACAAACUAAUCAACAGCGCCAAUCUUUGUCGCCAGAACAGUCAGAACCAGUUAAUCAGCAACGUCAGCCUUUACAGUCGCCACCAUCCAUGCCAGAUAAUCAAAAAGGUCAACCUUGGCAGCUACCACGAUCCCCACCAAUUAGUCAACAAGGCGGGCCUUCGUCACUACCACAAUCUAAUCAAAUUAAUCAGCAAAUUCAAUCUUGGCAGCUGCCACAAUUCGCACCAGUUAAUCAGCAAGGACAACGUUGGCAGCCAUCAUAUCCGAGCCAAGUUAGUCAACAGGGGCAACCUGGACAGGGACAGACGAAUCAACCUGAUGAAGCGGCAAAACCAGGACGUUUCAUGGGAUUUUAUACUGGUCCGAAUGGACGUGGGCCCUUACCUAUUCCUGGUCUAUAUAUUCAAGAUUCAAAUAAUCAAAAUAUAUAUGAUCAGAAACCUGAUUUUGGUACAAAUAAUUAUAAUCCAGCAGGACAGUAUCCUAACAACCAGUACGGUCCAUUUAUGCCACCACUUACAACACAAAACAUUGAUGACGAGAUACCAUGUUCACUCUAUCUCGUACGUCCAGGAUCACGUCGAAUCGUAUCAAAUAUUACGGAUGGUGCACGCAUAACUUUACUUUUACAAGUACCAUCAAAAGCAGGUUACAUUUCAGUACCCAAUUUUAUUAGUAUACUGAAGACUUCACUUACUCAACUAAGUGUCAACUAUGUUAAUGCAAAUCAAACUUCUGCAUCAAUGUCAAAUGGCAGUGCACUUCAGUUCGUUGCAGCACCAAAUGCAUCCGAUAUUGGUGCAUUUCCUGAACAUGUACCUGCUCAAAUGAUACAAGUAAACAUUGAUGGAGCUCCAGCCCCAUUACCACCACCAUCAUUAGAAGUACAUAUGAUAAUCUGUUAUGAACCAAUAUCUCAGGUACAGCUUCAACAAUCAACUUCUUCAUUUCAACAAUCUUCAACUUUAUCAAAUGCACAACAAACACCUAAGCCUCAACAACCAUUCAUAUCUUCAAGUGAACCAAAACCACUCAUAUCAAAUGUGAGUAUUUCUUAA